ACUUUAAAUUCAGGUGAAAGGGUGCGACGAAAUCAACAAUAAUUUAGUAGAGCUGAAAAGAUGUUAUUUCAAUGUUAUGCUUUUGUAUGAACAAGAAAAGUACAGAAUGUAGAUUUUUCUUAAUAAUGUCUUCCAUGAACUCAUUGUAGUAUCUUGAAAUUGACCUUUUAUGAUUUGUAGUAUGAUGCCACUGGAUCAUCCAGUUGAUGCCACUGGAUCAUGUUUUUUUACAGCAGAAAGUAAUAUUGGUGUUUAUUUUCAAAUUAUGAAAGUUAGUCUGCUGUCAAAGAUUUUAUCAAAGCACUGAGAUUCCAAGCUUCUGACAUUUAUUCAACUUUAAAAAUUUUGAAAAAAUGAUGAAAGAAGCUGGCCGUACUUGUAAAAGUGUGGAGAUUGACUGUUUAAGUAAUGGCCUUAUUCGACGAGAUAUGAAUGGAGAUUUAAAUGAUACUGAAGACAUUAGGAUUACUGUACCAUCCUUUGAUAAGAAUGAAGGAAAGUUUCCUUCAGAAAAAUGGAAAACUUUUGUUGCUUUUAUUUUCAUGUUCAUAAACCUAGUCUUAAAUUUGACCUGCCUAUCAAUUGUACAUGAAAGAUUGCCAGAACGUACAAAAUACCCUCCUCUACCUGACAUUUUCUUUGACUUGUUUCCACCUUCAGACUGGGCUUUAGAUGUUUCCGAAGGAAUCAUUGUAGUAUCUGUGUGGUCAACAUUGUUUAUGAUUUUUAUACACAGACAUGGAUUUAUCAUAUUAAGAAGGGUAUUCCUGAUCAUGGGUUUGUUGUACUUUAUGCGUAGCGUCACAAUGUUUGUGACACAAGUACCAGUAGCAAGCACCACUUAUUACUGCUCACCAAAGGUAAAUAAAACUUCUGCUGGGCUUAUCCUGGGACGGGUAAUUCACAUGCUUGGUGGUUUAGGACUUUCCAUUAAUGGACGACACACAUAUUGUGGAGACUAUAUCUAUAGUGGGCACACUGUUAUAUUAACCAUGGCGUAUCUUGUAAUGCAUGAGUACACUCCUCGACGUUGGUGUUUUAUUCACUGGCUAAUGUGGGUAGCAAGUGUUACAGGGAUCUUUAUGGUGCUUCUAUCUCGUGGCCAUUAUACUGUGGAUGUUAUCAUAGCCUACUUUGUUACUACUAGAAUCUUCUGGAUAUACCAUACACUAGCUAACAACCCAAUUCUCAAAAAUGAAGAGUCAACAAACUUUUUAUCUAAUGUUUGGUGGUUUUCAUUAUUUUUGUACUUUGAACGAAAUGUGAAUGGUGUGUUACCUAAUCAGUUCCAGUGGCCAUUACAAUGGCCAAGGCGGUGUUUCAGGUCACCUCAUGUUUCUUAGCACUAAACCGUAAUUAAUCUGAGUUAUGAAAAAGACUAGGGAUCAAAAUAUAGAUAAAAAAUGAAAAUAAAGAAUUUGGAAUCAUAAUUUUUGUGUCAACUUGUUAAGAGAGCCAGGUUUAUCAAAGUAUGUGUGUUUUCAAUAGGUAGAAUAUUGUAGAAAUAUGUUUAAAAAAUUAUCUGUUUUUAUGGGUAUUGUAUAAGGUUAAGAGAAGUAGUGUUUUACUGUGAAAACUAUUUUGAUGUGUCACAUUUUUAUAAGUUUUAGACUGCUUGGUCUCUAUAAAAGUGUACAGGAUAUGCUAAUGUUAAGUUUUACAGUUUCUCGUGUAAACUGUCAAAUUAUCUUGAAAGGUAUAUGUGCAUAAAUGUAUUUAAAUUUUAGUUUAUCAUAUGUUUACAUGAGGGUGUAAGAUUUAAAUAUGUAUAUAAAGAUGUCUUAAAAAUGUUGAUGUGUCUGUUGAAGAAGUUGUUUUGAAAAAAAGAGCUGUGAGAAACCUUGAAAGGUUUAUAGUGAUGAUUAACAGUAUACCUUACAAACAACCCUUACUUUAUGCCACUAAAGUCGCAUUACAUUUCAAUAUAUCUCAUGCAAACAGUACAGUGUAAAUAUCUAAUAGACUAUGUAUGUGUGUAACAUAUCUCUGAAAGUAAGAUUUUAAACCAUACAUGAAAUAAGCAAAUUUUGGCAACACAAAAAUUUGCAAGUGAACACCAUAAGCCCAUUUCAGCUUAAACUAACAAUUGAUUUUACACCAGACAGCUAGCCGUUGUCAAGAAAUAAGUAAAAUGUGAAUGGAAGGUAUAAAAAUUGCUUUAUUUUUGUAUUUCUUAUUAAAUAUAUUAUUGAUAAUGCUGAUCAUUUUGGGGUCCAUACAUGGACAUUAUCAGUAUAACAUGCAGUCAAUUCAUCAAACUUACUUUCUAUUAAAAACAAUAUACCUGAUUAAGGUGAUUCAUGUGUAGAUCAUAAAAUGCUUUGAUGCAUGUAAUUACUUGCUUUUCAAUGAGGAAAUUGUGAAUAAACACUUUUUGCAGUUUUUUGUUAUUACAUCUGAAGAACAACGUUUUAGGUUAGAUAUGUAGUGUUGUUUAGACCUUUGUUAUUACUGUGUUAUAAACAGUAAAACUGAAUAAAAGUUUGUUACUGGAUAGGUCUGCUCAUUAACUAUACAUUUGAUUAAGAUAUGGAUUACAGAGUGUUAGUAGAGCUCUUACUUAACUGAGAUUAUUUUAAGUAGAAUAAUGAGACUGUACACAAAAUGAACAAUAUUAAGUGUAAAACACAGUGCGUGUACUUGCAGUUUAACUUACAAAUGUUGGACAAUCACUUUUACUGGAUGUUUUGUCGGGUUAAGAUCAUUUACCUGACUUUCAUCAUUGAUGUUUUAGACCAGACGCUCAUUUAUUCAGAGCACCAUGUGCUACCACAUGACUGGUCAUUCUCAUUACACAUAGGUGGGGCCACCUGAACAACUGUUGAAGGAUGCUACUGUCCACAUUCGUACACAAGGUCAUAUUAGGCAAUGUUCUCCAAGAGUAAAAACAGGUAUUACCAACUCCGAGAAUAAAAAAGGUAAUUUGAACAAGAUCAACUAACUGGUUUUCUUAACAUGUGUAAUAAUGUGAAAUCUGCACACAUUUGGAACCACGAAUAAAUUUAGAAUAACUCUUAUAAUACCUACUACAAAAAAAUAGAAACACGUGGUUAUUUAAAUACUGCACUUCCUGUUAGGAUAAAAAUUAAGCUUGUGUAUGACUGGGAGGGAUUAUUUAAUAUUAAAGUGAAAUUAUGUGAUUGUUCUUAUAUAAAAGAUAUAGUAUUGCUAUUUUAUUUAUAAUAAAAUAACCUGUUUCGUUUUGUAAAUGUUUUUUUUUCUUUUGUCGUGAAUAUAUUGUUUCAAUGACCCAUUUGUGUGUAGGUUUGUUAAUACUGUGAAACAUCAUGAAGUUUGUGCUUUUUUGUAAAUUUUUAAACCUGUCUACUUGAAACAAAUAGGUAUAUGUUAUUUAAAGUUGGUUUAAAUAUAAUUUGAUUAUGAAAACCUUAAAACUUAAAUUAAUUAUUUAUUAACAAUUUUCAUGUUUGUGUUCAGUUAAUAAUGGAUAGAUUGUAACAUGAAUUAUGUAUGGUCCUUUAGUCUUUAUUAAUCACACUAAAUUUCUCUGAUUUUUCAAUAGUUAAUAUGAGCCAUCUUUAGAUACCACAAGUGUCAUAAACAUUUUGACUGGAAAUACAACUUAAAAAAGGAUAUAUUUUUCUUUUCUACAUGGUAGUUGUGGGAACCUUAGGUGUAUGGCUGAAACAACUUCUUGUUUCAAGUAAGAAAUAUCAUGUGACAACAACUGAAAGGUUAUAACAAGAAGCUCUAAAGUUCUUUUACUAAAUUCUCAAGUUUGAAUUAGUAAUUAUACACUGCCUGUACCAUGAGAUACAAAUAUGAAAAAAAUCAUUGAACAGUAGCAGUAUGAAGUUGUACAUAUAAAGAAACAGAAUACUUUAUCAACUAAGUGACAUCAACUAUUGCUAAUGAUUUUAGUCCAAAGUAAAGAAUAUACAUGUAGCAAGUUUAUUUAACAUAGCUAAUAAUAGAAAAUAACUUUAACACUGGUAGUUUAAACUGUUCAAUAGAAAUGGAUUAUAUCAUGUUAUAUGUUUACAAAGAAAUAUAUUGUAUUAUUGGUAGCAAAAAUUGAUCAGUAUGAGAGGCUUAGAAUUUUGUUAAUAUAUAAUGACUAUAAAACAAUGAAUUUAGUAUAAAAUAUUUAAUAUGAAUGGGUUAGUGUUAUUGUAAAUAAGUAUAAGAAUAAAAGCAUGUUAAUAGAUCUAAUAAUCGUUAUUGAAUAUGAAUUGGGGGGGGGGAGUUUGUUAAAACACCUAUAUAAAAGUAAACUGUCACACUGAUGGUUUGAAUUGUUCAGUAUGAAUUUAAAAAAUUCUCAAAUGUAAUAAUUAACGUAUACAAAAUGUUACUGUUACAAUUAUGGUUAAAUUCAAUAUAAUUAAGAUAUUUCUAACAUAGUAAAACCUUUUGUAACAUUGGUAGUAUAAAUAAAAUAUGAUUAAGAAAAUGUUAAUACAGAUAAUAAAUGUGUAAGAAUUGGUAUUUUAAGUAUUUGUGUGUGCAUGUAAUGGCUAAACAGUCAGUAACAUUAAUGAUAUUAAGUGCUUUAAAUGUAAAUUCAUUGUAAUUUCAAUAAGUAAUCCAUAGUUUAGUUUGCAUUCUUAAUAAUGAAAACAAAUACUGCAAAGCAGAGGCUCAGGAAAGAGAUUGGUACGUAAACAGCUAAUAAUUAUGGUUAUGCACUGUAUGUUCUAUUUAGUCCAAUGGUUCUUGGACUAUCUUUAGCUCAUGACCAAUACAUAAACAUUGGUGACCAGCCAUGACAGUUAAGAGCUUUGGUUAAAAAAACCACAACAAAAAACAUCUGGCUUACUAAAUAAAUAUUUUCAAAUUUUGUUUGCAACCCUUACAUUACACAUUUGAGAAGUAACAAUGGAAUAAGUUAUGAUGUUGGUGACUUAUGCAACAGAAGAAAAAUUUGAAAGUGUAAUUGAGAAAUAAUCUAAGUCUAACAAAUGGGUUACAGAACUUUGUAUAGCAGGGUAUAUAGUGAUGGAGCAAAAUAAUUGAGCUUCAUUGAAAACCAUAUGAAAGCAAUAUUCUGAGAUUCCUGUGAUUAAUUGUGGCGUAAAUCAGGAAUUCACAUUUUUAGCAACCUUGUUUCAAAUUUUUUGAUUUACAUGGCAUAGUUAUCAAAAUUAUAUUAAGAAUUCAUAUGAGUUUAGUUUUUUAUAUAAAAUUAAGAAAUGUAGUGUUUAGGAAAAAGUUAUUUUUGAGAGUUCUGUAUUCUGUAUGUUGUUCCUUGAAAAUCUACUGAAUGAGCUGUUACUAGAACUAACUGUUGGAUUCAGUUAACUUGUAUGAGUUUUUAAUAGGAGUAACUUUAUGCUAUAUUUAUGGGAAGUUUCAGUAUGGGCUUGUAUAUGUAAAUAAAUUUAGUUAAUGACUGGAGAUUAUAUUUCAAGAUCUUACUGUGAUAUGUUUAAAAAUACUGGUAACCUUUUUCAUUGAAAGAUAAAAUUUUACAUUUUUCCCCAGAAAUAUCUGUACAUCUAGCAUGUUUUUCACAAGAACCUGGAGUUAGAAUCAAAAUAAAUGUUUGACAUUUAAGGAGUUUAAGUUCUCUACUCAACUUGCAUAAAUAACAUGACAUUCCAAAGUGUUAAUUACAGCCUAUACAAGUUGUAUAAAGUAGUUUUAAAAAAUUCA